UACGAAAGCCCCCAAAAUCUUCUCAAGAACCCUCAAAAUUAGGGUUUUACUUGCAGUUCUCAAAAUCUCUGAGAGUCAACAAUGGCAGAAUCAAUGUGCAGAACCCUACGAGACGGAUCGUUGGAAGGAGAGCAAGCACCAGCUCUUACUAUCAAAGAUACUGCAGCUUCUCCUUUCGGUUUUCACGUCUUCUCUCACGUGCUCUCCCAGCUCUCCUCCUUCAUUUUAGGCUCCAAAUCCCAGUCCCAUGGUAUUGUGAUUGUUGCGUUUUCACGGAGCCCUUCGUUUUACGUGGAUUUACUGAAAAGAAGAGGGAUUGAUGUAAAUUCAUCUCAUAAAUGGAUUCAGAUUUUGGAUUGUUAUACGGAUCCGCUUUGUUGGAAGGAUCAGCUUAUGGGGUCAGGAAAUUUCAUGGAUGCUUCCCAUGAAACUUCUUCAAGUUUGAGCCGUGUCUGUAAGGAUGUGAAGGAUUUGGACAAGUUGUACUCUAUGAUUCUUGAACUGGGGAAAGGGUUGGUUGGACAAGGAAAGGAUCGUUUUUCUGUUGCCAUAGAUUCGAUAAAUGAAAUGCUAAGACAUACAUCUACACCAACAGUUUCAGGCCUUUUAAGCAACCUUCGUAGCCAUGAGCAGAUUUCUAGCAUCUUUUGGUUGUUACAUUCAGACCUUCAUGAAGUCAAAGUUACAUUUGCUCUUGAAUAUCUGUCCUCUGUGGUGGCCAGUGUAGAACCACUGCAUCAAAAUGCUGAUGGAAAGAGGGGGGAUUUAGAAAACCUCUCUUUGUUGGAACAGAACUUUGGGAAAGGAAAGCUUCAAGUCCGAUUCAAGCGCCGGAAUGGGCGUGUUCGUGUGGUGAAUGAAGGAUUUCAUAUUGAUGAGUCAAGCAACAAUUUUACAUCUGUUUCAUCUGAAGAUGGGCUAGUUAAUCAAAUUAAUCAAGGCCUUGUGCCAAAGGUGCAGUUUAAUCUAGAGUUAACGGAGAAAGAACGAAUUGACAGGGCUAAGGUUGUACUGCCUUUUGAGCACCAAGGUGACGGUGGACCUAUUCAUAUCUAUGAUGGUCGAAGAUCUCUUACAGAGAGCAAAACUGAGGCAACUCUUUCUUCAAGUGGGAAUUCCGAAAAAACUGACUCUGGUGAAGGUGAGAUAAUAUAUUUUCGUGAUUCAGAUGACGAGACGCCAGAUUCUGACGAGGACCCAGAUGAUGAUUUGGAUAUAUAAUAUAUACAUGUACUGUUCAUGAUUAUGAACUGAUGCUAGAGUGCAUAAAAUAUAGUAUCUCAUUUUUUGGUUGUUUGCACGCCCCUUAAAACGGAAAUCAAUUUUUAUUUUUUCCUAUUUGACUUUUUUAGUACAACAUAGGAUACCUAGAAAAAAGGGUUAUUCCUCGGAUCAGUGACGCUAAUUUUUUGAUAAGAGGCAGCGCUAUGCUCUAUAAAUGGAUCCAGCAGACUUUUAAGGAUGCAGAGGAUAGCAGAUGGUGGAAAGACAUUAAGUGUUCUACAACAACCAUGGACAUCUGGGCUAAUGGGAGUGCAUCCAGUCCAGGAAAAGAUGGUUCUCAAGUUUUAGUUGUAUCCUUGCCAGUUCAAGAACAAUUUAGUGUCGUCAACUCUAUGAAGCAAUUCCUUUUGCUAGCUGAAGAGGAAUGCGUAAUGGCCUUGUCCAGCAUGCAUUUUCUUGCAUGAGAGAGAGCUUCAAAGUGGGUGUAUGGCCUUGCCCUGAUUUUAAUGGAAAGCAGGUAACCACCACAAGGAUCACUGGACUGAAACUAGCACGAGCCCAUUGCAUUCUCUUCACGUUGGGCAAUAGUGAGGGAUAGAAGUACAAAUCAUCUAAUACCCCAUAUAUUUUCACUUGUGCUUAUUUGCGAGCUUACUCCAUAAAUAUAAAAAGAGCUGUGUAUUGAUUUAACAUAAGAUUGCUAUAUAGGCUGACACUUGUUGCUCGUCAAGUGACUUUUUCUAGGAGUCUGGUGUUGCAUGGUAAGUUACUGUGAGGCUUCUACAUAUUCGAUCUGGCAGUGUUUUUCGCUUUUCAGAGUGUGCCUUCCGGUUUUUCCACUGACCUGUAUAUCUUUCUUAAGCGUGACGAACAGUUGUGAGAUACAGGCAUUUUGAGCAAUUCAUGUGCUGUCUAUAGUUUUGGAUCGCCUGAGAUUGGAAUUCAUGUAAGAUGAUUGAGCUA